AUGCCGUCUGAAUGCGCCGACGGACAUCGCAAGCCCCCCAAAUACCUCUCCGACACAUCGACAAAAAGGGCGAGAACUCGUCGACGCCGCGGAGUUUCUUCCGAACAACAGCCCUGUCAAUCCAAUAAAAGUCAUGAACUCGCUUUCGCAGAGAGAGAAAGACAAACUAUGUCUUCCCAGUCAAUCGAAGAGAUAUUCGAAGCAUUCAUUGAUUCGAGCUUAUACAAUACCGCUAAGCCAAUCACGGAGGUUGGAGGCCGCACUUUCAUGAGCCCUGCCGCGAAGGGGAAUGAGUGGCUUAACCAGUCAUGCCAGAGUGGCGGAGACUGGCAAUUCGCAGAGACAUCACCCAGCGAUUCUGAUAACAGUGAGGAGAGUACGGCUUACCAGUGCUUGGGGGAAAGAGUCAGAGUAAACCCAGCAGAAAAACAGGACUUUCCGGAAGAUAAUCUACACCUCGGAUUCACGAUCAGUAGUGGAUGGUCAGGUACAUUUUUCCCUAACGGGGUCGAUGACAAGCCAUGA